AUGAUCUCGAAGUUCAGUAAGAGAUGGAGUCUCGGGCUGAUGAUGCUUGGGCUGGUAAUUGUGCUUUGGGUGGUGUCUUCGUUCUUGAUAAGCCUGAUAUUUGAGGACAAUUCGUACAGGAAGCCGUUUUUCAUCACAUAUGUCAACACAGCAGCGUUCACCAUGUAUCUGCUGCCGACGGCGAGGGCGGUGGUGGCCAAGUACUGGAGAACGGGACAGCUGAAGAUCCGGGAGGAAUUGCGUCUGGAGGAGGAGGAAGCAGAGGUCGGGAGUGGUUUGUUGCGCAAGGACGAGGACGAGGGUGGUGUCGAGAGGCUUUCGCUGCGGGAGACCGUGAAACUGAGUGCGGAGUUCUGUGUUCUGUGGUUUUCGGCGAACUUUGUGACGAAUGCGUCGCUGGCGUACACCUCUGUAGCUUCGCAGACCAUUCUGUCGUCGACUUCUUCGUUUUUCACGCUGUUUGUCGGGGCGUUGUGCCAUGUCGAGAGGGUCAGCAAGGUCAAGGUCGCUGGAUCGGUGGUGUCGUUUGUUGGGAUUCUGCUGGUGACCAGGUCGGACUCGACACAGUCCAGGGCGGGCCAGGUGAAGCCUCUGCCGGGAGCGCGUGUCGAGCAGGGCGCGUCGAACGAGCCGCUGGUGACGUUGAUAGGCAACGUGCUGGCGCUGUCGGGCGCGCUGCUGUACGGUGUCUAUAGCACGCUUUUGAAGCGCAGGGUGAAGGACGAGUCUCGCGUUAACAUGAAGAUCUUCUUCGGUUGCGUGGGGUUACUGACGCUGCUUUUCCUGUGGCCUUCGAUGGUCGUGUUGGACUAUUUGGGUUGGGAAACUUUCGAAUGGCCCAGUUCGACUCGAGUGGUGGUUGUGAUAGUUUGCAACUGUCUGAUCACUUUCGUGUCCGAUUUCUGCUGGGCGAACGCCAUGCUGCUGACAAGCCCGCUCACGGUCACCGUGGGGUUGAGCGUCACUAUUCCGUUCGCGAUGUUUGGCGAUGUGAUCUUCAAGCGGAAGCCGAUGACUUUGCUGUAUCUGACCGGAGCCAUGCUGAUACUGGGAGCGUUCUUCAUCAUAAAUAGAAGUUCGGAGGAGGAGAACUUGGAAACUCUGAUAGAAGAUUCAGACCGACAUUCCAAUGUUGUGGCGACCGCAUGA